AUGGUCGCUCCUUCAUCAACGGGCCAGGACUAUGGCAACUUUAAGCAGCUCCAGUCGUUUGACCUCGACUACGCUCCUGUCAAGCUGUCCAAGUGGCGAAGCGAAAAGACUGGCCUCACCGUGACCCUUGGUAGCCACGCCUCCCCUGUUACCAACGGAUUCUUUGUGGUUGCUUCUGAGAUCUUUGACGACACCGGACGUCCUCACACCCUUGAGCACCUCGUCUUCCUUGGCUCCAAGGAGUACCCGUACAAGGGUGUGCUUGACCAACUUGCCAACCGCGCAGGCUCCAACGGAACGAACGCGUGGACUGCGAACGACCACACUGCCUACACCAUCUCGACUGCCGGCAGCAAGGGCUUCCUCGAGAUGCUGCCCGUGUAUGUGGACCACAUUCUGCACCCUACCAUGGCCGACUGUGGCUUCGUCACCGAGGUCCACCACGUCAAUGGCGAGGGAGAGGACGCUGGUGUCGUCUACAGUGAGAUGCAGGCGAGGGAGAACCAGGCCUGGGACCGCAUGUCGUUGAAGUUGCAGCGUGAGCUCUACCCUGAGACCUCUGCGUACCGCAGCGAGACUGGUGGUUUGUUGAAGAUGCUGCGUGUCCUCACCGCCGAGCAGAUUCGCCAGUACCACGGCAAGUACUAUGUGCCUCACAACCUCUGCCUCCACAUGGACGGUGCCGUCGACGUCGCUGAGCUCUUCAACGUGCUCAACACCAAGGUGGAGCCCCUUAUUCUUGCCAGCCAGAAGGAGAACGCCCCCGUCGAUGGCGAGUACGUUCCCCCUAACGGCUGGAAGCGCCCCUUUGUCGAGUCGACCACCUCCAUCCCCCGCACCAUCACCGAGUCACAGUCGCACGUGGUCGAGUUUAUGGAGGAGGACGAGUCCAUGGGCGAGUUUAUGAUCACCUUCUUGGGCCCCGCCCCCAACGCCUUCCUCGACAACAUUGCGCUGGACAUUCUCUGUGCCUACCUCACCGAGUCGGCUACCUCGCCCCUCCAGAAGGAGUUUGUCGAGAUUGCCGAGCCCCUGGCGACGUACGUCGGUGUCUACAGCGAGGGUCGCGUCAACCGCGCCGAGUGGACCAUUAUUGGUGACGGUGUACCCAAGAAGCACCUCAUCGAGAUGCCCGAACUCGUCAAGGCCAAGCUGAAGAAGAUUGUGGCCACCGAGGGUGUUGACAUGGAGCGCAUGAGCCGCGUUCUUCGCCGUGAGCGCCGCCAGACCCUCAACAAGGUUGAGAGCAACAUCCCGAGCGCCCUGUGUGACGCCGUUGUUCAGGACUUCCUUUACUGCGACAAGGACGGCCAGGAGCUGCCCGAAUCGUUCAAGGAUCUCGAGGCCUUUGGCGUGCUUGAGAAGUGGACUGCUGGUCAGUGGGCUGAGCUCCUUGACAAGUGGUUCGCCUCUGCUCCUUCCAUCACUGUCGUCGGCAAGCCCUCGGCCAAGCUGUCGGCCGAGAUUGAGAAGGUUGAGAAGGAGCGUGUUGCCAAGCAGAAGGAGGAGUAUGGCCCGGACGGCCUCAAGAAGCUUGCUGAGGAGCUCGAGAAGGCCAAGGAGGAGAGUGACCUGCCCAUCCCCGAGGAGGUGCUCACCAGCUUCCCGGUCACCAACCCUGCCGACCUUACUUGGAUCCCUGUUGAGACGGCCAUCAACAAGGCUCCCGGCGACAACGUCCAGUGCGACAACGGCGAGGUCCAGCGCCGUAUUGACGCCGAUGGUGCCGUUUUGCCUUACCAGGCGCACUUUGCCCACAUCCAAUCGAACUUUGUUCGCAUCAAUGUUCUUCUGGACGCCGCCAAGCUUCCCAAGCACCUGCUUCCCUACCUGUCGAUCUUCAAGUGGUCGCUCUUCAACCUUGGCGUUCGCCGCGCUGACGGCACUGUCCUCGACCACGAGGAGGUUGUCAACACCCUCAACGAUUUCACUGUUGGCACUGACGCCGACUUUGGCUACCGCGGCGGCUUUGUUGAGACUGUCAACAUCACCAUCAAGGCCGAGACCGCGCAGUACGCCGAUGCGGCUGCCUGGCUCCGUGACGUUAUCACCGGGUCCAUCUUCGCCAAGGACCGCCUCGAGGUCAUCAUUGCCAAGGAGCUCCAAAACCUUCCCAUCCGGAAGCGUAGCGGUGCGGCUGUCGCCCACGCUGUUCUUGACAACAUGGCGUUUGACUCUGAGACGUCGCCUUCGCAGCACAGCGGUCUCCUGGAGCUGCUCGAGUUCCUGCCCAAGGUCUCGGAGGAGCUCAAGGAGACGCCCGAGAAGGUGAUCCAGGCCCUCGAGGACCUGCGCAGGCACCUUGUGGACCCGUCUGUUCUCCGUGUCGGCGUGUCGGGUAACAUCCUCGAGCUUGCCGAGCCCCGCUCGACGCUCGCCAAGUCGUUCAUCCCCAUCACGGACGCUGUCGCGCGUGAGCCCCAGUCCAUCGCGGCGCAGUACCUCACACCGCUGGGCCAGAACCCGACCAAGAAGAUGGAGCUCGUCUCCAUGGCGGCCAUCGAGGGCUCGUACUCUGAGCACUACGCCAAGGGCCCCCAGGGAUGGGACCACCCGGAGCUUCCGGCCAUGCGCCUCGCCACCAAGGUGCUCAACACCAUGGAGUCGUACCUGUGGAAGUCGAUCCGCGGCGCGGGCCUGGCGUACGGCGCCAACGUCGACGCCGACAUCGAGUCGGGUCUCGUCCGCUUCUCGAUCUACCGCUCCCCCAACGCGCUCAUCGCGUACAAGGAGGCGGCCAAGGUCAUCCGCUCGCUCGCGGACGGCACGCUCGAGCUCGACCAGAACAUUGUCGACGGCGCAUGCGCGUCCCUCGCGUACUCGUACGCCACGCGCUCCGAGACCGUCGGCGCCGCCGCGGGCGCCGUGUACCUCGACGAGGUGCUCAAGGGCGUCGGCAAGGACUAUUCGCAGGAAGUGCUCAAGAAGCUGCCCACGGUCACCCUCGACGAGAUCCGCGCCUUCAUUGCAAAGUACUUUGUGCCCCUGUUUGACCCCGAGACGUCCAUUGGCGCCGUGACCGUCAACGCGGGCAAGGCGGACGAGGUGGAGGCUGGCUUUAGGGAGGUGGGCUUUGAGAUCACCCGCCGCGAGCUGCCGUCCGCCGGCGCCGAGGACAGCGAGAGCGGGUCCGAGAGCGGGUCCGAGAGCGGCAGCGAGCGCGGCGAGCCCAUGGAGGACGUGCGUAGCCCCUAG